GCUCCGGCGCGCGCGAGACGCGGAGGAACAGAACCGGAGAAACAGGCGGAUCAAACCAUAACUUCAAUUAGACUUGGACCGAAAAAAAAAAAAAAAAAACAACAACAACAACAAAAACUGAACUACUUCACGCCUCUCUCUCCAUCUCUCCAUCCCUCCAUCUCUCCAUCUCUCUGAGAGAGAUUUAACCCGCCACCGGCGCCUUGCUGCAACACCGGGGCUUUUCUACCUAAUGCACAUUCUAGUUUUUUCUCUCUGGAGGACUGAGAAAUAACACUGGACUUUUCAUCCAGAACCUUUUUUUUUUUUUGGUGACAUAUUUCCUAACAGUGGGUACAUUUUCAAUAUUUAUAUAUUUUGAAGAAAAAAACAACAACAACAAAGUCUUAAGUAUAAUGUGGAUUGGAAAUCUCUACUCAUUUAUACUACCAUUUAUUUAUGCAGAUUUAGGCUUUAAUUGAUAUUGAUUAUUCAUAUAGAGAUUUUAUACUGCAAGUCUUAUAACGUUAUAUAUAUAGAUAUAUAGAUAUAGAUAUAUGUGUGUGUGUGUGUGUGUGCGUGUGUGUGCAAGACCAUUUGAAUAUAUCCAAAUUUAUUAGAUGCAACUGUAUAGUUAUGAAAUAUUGAAAGUCAUCAAAUGAUGAGAAAAGACAGAAUGCUUUGUGAGAGCUGGCAGGCAGUACAAUUCUCUCCAGUCAUUACUGAGAUUUUAUGAGCAUGUGGCCUCAGAGAGGCAAUAUUAUGAACAUGUUUUUAAUGAUAUUUGGUUCAAUAUUAUAGGCUACUCUAAUAGAAAUAUCCCAUAAUCAUGGCUGUUUUUAUGAGCCACACAACAGCAGGCGAGUCUAAAGUAUAAGCCGGUUUGGAGGUGGGUUUUUUUGUUUGUUUGUUUGUUUGUUUUUAACAUUUUGAAGCUUCUUUUUGUUUUUGUUUUUUAAACCCAAACGGAGAAAUAGCUCGAAACGACGACAACGGAAAAAAGCGGCUACACCGGUUAUAAAUCAAACGGCUGUGAUCUGUAUCUUGGAGUAUUUUUAGGCGUGUGGAGGGAGAGAAUGGACUUACAGGGAGUAGAGGAGAGAGAGAGAAAGAAAUGCAAAGUUUCCAGGAUAUAUGAACGCAACGACAGGACACGAUUUUAGCCAUGAUCUCCGUGUGGCUCGAUUUCAUCUGUGUUUGUGUGCAGAGUUGACGCUACAAAAGCCAAUUCCGGUUCUCAAAAAGACUUUAGUGAAAGGGCUGGAAAGGACCGCUCUUCACUGAGCCGAGAAUCACUGAGCCGAGAAGAUUUACGAGCGGAGCGACGACAAUCAUGGCAAACCCGGGGACUUUAGGAAUGGAACAAAACAUCAGCGGAACCACAGCAUUUUUCACUUCAACCUCCAAUCAGAGCAUGAAAUCAGCCCCGUAUUCUCCUGAAGCGACGGCGGCGUUCGCCACGGCGAUUACUCUGAUGAUUGUCUUCACCAUCGUGGGAAACAUACUAGUCAUCAUCGCCGUACUGACGAGUCGGUCUCUGAGGGGGCCGCAGAAUCUGUUUCUGGUCUCGUUGGCUGCGGCGGACAUCCUGGUGGCUACGUUGAUCAUCCCGUUCUCGCUGGCUAACGAGCUGAUGGGCUUCUGGUACUUCCGCUCAGUGUGGUGCGAGAUCUACCUGGCACUAGACGUGCUCUUCUGCACGUCCUCCAUCGUCCACCUGUGCGCCAUCAGCCUGGACCGCUACAUGUCCAUAUCCCGAGCCGUGACAUACGGAUCCCAGAGGACGCCGCGCCGGAUCAAAUGCGCCAUCCUGGUCGUUUGGCUCAUCUCAGCUGUCAUCUCUUUCCCACCGCUGCUGUCCAUGAACAAGAACCAGGGGAACGCCAGCUCCUCUGAUGGACCUCAGUGCCAGCUCAACGACGAGCGCUGGUAUAUUCUCUACUCCACCAUCGGCUCCUUCUUCGCCCCCUGCCUCAUCAUGAUUCUCGUCUACAUGCGCAUUUAUCAGAUCGCCAAGCAGCGCACACGAUGCCCACCAGGAGAGCCGAGGAAAGAGAUCCCCGCCAGCGCCACGACUCCCAAAGAUAGAGCUCUCCAAAAUGGAAGAGGAGAUGGCACGAAUACGCCGUCUACGCCACAGAGGAAUCCGACCACUCCAAGGCCACCCACUCUCACCGUACCUCAAGCCGAGGGAAAACAACAUCCGGCAAGCACCGACACCCUGCAUCCACCACUUUCUCCCUCCAAAGAGAUGACUCCCAGCACUCCUACCCCUCCUCAAGUCCAAUCUCCUUCCCUUUCACCGUCCAUCUCCUCCAUGCAAAAGAAAGACUCGGCCCCUAACAAACCCAAACAAGCCAAGAAGGAGAAAAGGAGCGGAAAGAAACCCGACAACAACAACGGUGAGAGCUCGUGCUCCGAUUCAGACACGGAGCACGGAGGGGUGGGUGUCGAGAUUCCCGUGACUCCAGGUGCUGAACUUGACACUAGUGUUCACUCUCCAGCCACCAUUCAGAAGUACAGAGACAUGGUCACUACAGCCAAGGGUACAAAGUUGGCUUCGGUGAAGCACAAGCAGGACGGGACGCCCAACUCGGCUCGCCGCAAGGCCAUGGUGAACCGGGAGAAACGCUUCACCUUCGUACUGGCGGUGGUAAUCGGCGUGUUCGUCGUCUGCUGGUUCCCUUUCUUCUUUUCCUACAGCCUGCAAGCCGUGUGUCCCGAAACGUGCACGCUUCCCAAGCCGGUCUUCACGUUCUUCUUCUGGAUCGGCUACUGCAACAGCUGCCUCAACCCCGUCAUCUACACCAUUUUCAACAAGGACUUCCGCAGAGCCUUCAAGAAGAUUCUUUGCAAAAACACCAAGGGUACAUUCUUUUAAUGCGCAUCUGGUGGAGAGAAAUAAACCCACCCCCCCCCCCCCCAAACUAUUUAAAAUAGAGAAAAAGCACAACUUCUUUGUAAGAGUGUAAAUAAGAGGCUCUUUGUAUAGCUGCGCGAUGACGAAGCACAUUAUAUUGUUUUUGAUAAAUGUCGGUCGACAGAGUCGGACCGUGAAUUCAUGCGGACUCUCGCGGGUUUACAGUAUUCCACCGCUCCUGCCACAAAUGCACAAUGGACAGCAGAAGGGUGAAGAUGAUUUCAGAAGGCCAAACAGAAAAACCACGGGAGCACAAACCAAUAGUGUUGCUCUUCUUUCGCCUUUCUAAGAACACCUGCCCUCAGGGAUAGUGAGUGCACGAGUUUCAAUCCAAACAGUCUUAUUUGAUCCGCACAUCACUCGCUCUUACACCCUAGACAACACAGUUAGAAGAUUCUCCUCCUUAAAACCUGACAAGCUUUAAUCCUGCAGUGGGGGGGGGGG